CGCAUUUGAGAAGAGGAGACAGGCCAACAAAAGCCAGGGACCAACAAAAGCGGCUGGAUGCGAUGUCAUGAGGAGAGGGAAGUCGUCUGAAAUCUGGCUAUACGUGACGUCACGAGAUUUCCUCCUAACAAGCGGCAGCUGCUGAAGCUAGUGGCGGAGACGGGGAGGACCGUCGCCGCAAUAUCAGUCUCCAAAACAUUAUUUUUGGAAACCGUAAUCUUCCGCAGCAUCCGCGGCAAUGGAUACAUCACCGUCCUGCUUCUAUUUUUAACAUUGACUGUUCUAUCCAUAUAUUUUGCUACGCUGGAAUCACAAACGCUCAAAGGGGGUGUCCCUAUAAUUAGUCGACUACCAGGCCUAACCAUGUCUUACAAAUUGAUGGCUGACCCGUUUCCUGUAAAAGAAGAAGAAGAAGAAAAAAACGCAGUUCACAACUGUUGUGUCCCAUCAAAUGGACCGCCUGUCUGUGUCAGCCAUUGUUUUUGUUGUCAUUUGAUGGCUCCCAUUUGUUGUCCAUCAUUCUGUGUUCCUGUAAUGGUAUGCGGCGAGGUGGUGAUUGGAUUGGCGCUAUUAUUUAUAUGUUAAAAGUGCAAAUAUAUUAUACAAUGUCCUUACAAUGCUGCCAUAUACCUCCAAAACAUAUUUAUUUUGUAAUUAACUUGUGGCAUUUCUCAUAUAAUUCAAGAUUAUUGGCUGCAUCACCAAUUAUGAUGGGAUUCUAUGCUCAUCAGUGUUCCAUGCUGUAUGUUGUCAUUACAUCAUCAUGACUCAUUCACCAGUUAAAAGUCAUCAGAGAGCAAGAGAGAGUGAUGACUGGCAAAAUUAGAUCAUGGUAAUUGCAAUGUGCCUAGAGACGUAUUGGGUUUUUCUACACCAUGUCCCAUUGUGUUGAAUCCCUCUGGACUCAAGAUCCGAGUAAAAGUAAAGUGCAUGGUGCUUCUCUGAGCAGUGGCUCUAACCUUGUCUUUAAGGUUACUUGUGCAAAUACGACAAGAUCCUGUAAAAGAAUGCGUAGGUGAUGGGCGGGAACCCCUUAUGGAUGUGUACCUUUAAGACUUAAAAUGGCACAGCAUCAGCAUUUUGAUCCCGUUCCCCACACACACAUACACACGAGAACACAGAGAGGAAAGGGGACAUGUUGGCUGGUGGGCAGGGUAGGGACAAGACGGGAAGCGUGCGCUGGGGUCUUAACAAUGACUCUGGUUCUCACGCUGAGUCACCGCUGGAGUGCCUGAAAAGAGGAGGGAGACAGAGAAAGAGAGAGUUAAGUCAGAGAGAAUAAGGUGAAGGUGCGUCGAAGGGGGAAGUAGGGAAAGAGUGAGUCGGGGGGGAAAGUGCAAAGGUGCGGGACAUAAACGGAAAGUGAGAAAGAAAAAGUCAAGUAAGUCAGAGAAUCGCGUGAGUGAGUGAGUGAGCUAGCUAGCUAGCUAGAGAGAGAGACAGAAAGAGAGAGAAAGAGAGACAGACAACGUUCACACGAACGUAGCACCCGGGUCAAGACAGACGGGAGACAAGCGCGAGGAGAGGCGAGCGCGUCUCCGAAGCCGACGGCGGGACUGCAAGGUCAGGACAGCUGACCCACAAUCCCCCCGCUCCCCUCCCCCCUUCCCUCCCCCUCCCUCCCCCUUGCCCACCCCCCGGCCCCACCUCUCACCUCCGCUUCCCAGGUUAACACUGGGGUUGACCUGACGAAGUGGAACCACCAUGAGCGAUCAGAACGUUGUGAAGGAAGGCUGGGUCCAGAAAAGAGGAGAGUACAUAAAGAACUGGCGACCGCGCUACUUCCUGUUGAAGACAGACGGCUCCUUCAUUGGCUACAAGGACAAACCGCAGGACGCCGACCUGGCCUAUCCCCUCAACAACUUCUCUGUAGCAAAAUGUCAGCUGAUGAAGACCGAGCGGCCCAAGCCCAACACCUUCAUCAUCCGCUGUCUCCAGUGGACCACAGUCAUCGAGAGGACCUUUCACGUGGACACGCCCGACGAGAGGGAUGAGUGGGCCGAGGCCAUUCAGAUGGUGGCAGAAUCCCUGGCCAAGCAGGAGGAAGAGGGCAUCCUGUGCAGCCCCACGUCACAGAUCGAGAACGUCAACGAGGAGGAGAUGGACACCUCCACCAGCCACCACAAACGGAAGACAAUGAAUGACUUUGACUAUCUGAAACUACUGGGAAAAGGCACUUUUGGCAAAGUCAUUCUGGUCAAGGAGAAGGCUAGCGGGACCUACUACGCCAUGAAGAUCCUGAAAAAGGAAGUGAUCAUCGCAAAGGAUGAAGUUGCCCACACGCUCACAGAAAGCAGAGUAUUAAAAAACACCCGACAUCCAUUCCUAACCUCUCUGAAGUACUCCUUCCAGACUAAGGACAGGUUGUGCUUUGUCAUGGAAUACGUCAACGGAGGAGAGCUGUUUUUCCAUUUGUCGAGAGAGCGAGUGUUCUCCGAGGACCGCACCCGCUUCUACGGCGCCGAGAUCGUCUCCGCUUUAGACUACCUGCACUCGGCCAAGAUAGUGUACCGCGACCUGAAGCUGGAGAAUCUGAUGCUGGACAAAGACGGCCACAUCAAGAUCACCGACUUUGGCCUCUGCAAAGAGGGCAUCACCGACGCCGCCACCAUGAAGACCUUCUGCGGCACACCGGAGUACCUGGCCCCCGAGGUCCUGGAGGACAACGACUAUGGCCGGGCGGUGGACUGGUGGGGCCUGGGCGUGGUCAUGUAUGAGAUGAUGUGCGGCCGAUUGCCCUUCUACAACCAGGACCACGAGAAGCUGUUUGAGCUGAUCCUCAUGGAGGAGAUCAAGUUCCCACGCACCCUCUCGGCCGACGCCAAGUCCCUGCUGUCCGGCCUGCUCAUCAAGGACCCCAACAAGCGACUCGGCGGAGGGCCAGACGACGCCAAGGAGAUUAUGCGUCACAGCUUCUUUGCCGCCGUCGACUGGCAAGACGUGUACGACAAGAAGCUGCUCCCGCCCUUCAUGCCCCAGGUCUCCUCGGAGACAGACACGCGCUACUUUGACGAAGAGUUCACGGCGCAGACCAUCACCAUCACCCCUCCGGAAAAAUUCGAUGAAGACGGGAUGGACGCCGCCGACAGCGAACGGAGACCUCAUUUCCCCCAAUUCUCCUAUUCGGCCAGCGGGCGGGAGUGACACAGCCAGCCGAGCCAGCCAGCCUGCCUGCCAGCCGAGCCAGUGUUCGUCGCAACCCCCCCCCCUCCCCCCCACCUCCCCCUCCCAUCCGCGGCCAUCCGAGGAAAACGCGUAGCCAUUUUAGGAAAAAGUCUCCCCUCUUUUUCUCCUUCUCUGUAUCCACGUGCAGACAGGGGGAAGUCUUUUUCGGGACUUUAAAAGGGGUUUUGCACAGUGGGAUAGACUCAAACUGGUCUGCCCACACAAAAAAAAGAUGGAAGAAAAAAAAAAGUCUCCUACAUUUUCAACGCUAUUUCCUGCAGAAGGUAAUGUUUUUGUUAUUCAUUUUUUCUCCGUCAGUAUUAGGUUAUCGACCUGUUGCGUUCCUUGAUUUUCUUUUGUCGUUUCUUUUUUUGUUUUCUUUCUUUUGACUCGUUUUUGCACUUGGUUUGGAAGAGCCGUUCUAGGGAACAAAACCAAAAAUGUUGCCUUACGUGUGCAGAUGUUUCGUAUCAUACAGACAGGGUGUUUUAGGGAGGAGGGAGGGAAGGGACGAGGGGACGCGGGAUAAGGGCGUUCUUAGUGGAGAAGUGCAUGGCUCGUGGUUCAGUCUAAACUAUUCCUUUUUUCUUACCCGUGUGCACCCGUCAUGGUAGCGCACAUUGCCCAACCCCACGUCGAGGAAGUCACUGUCUACAAAUAACUAAUCUCUGGAGAAGAAAAAAAAACAACAAAAUGCAAACAAAACGAAUAGUUCCUUUUGACUCGUUUUACAGACAACCCCCCCUCCCUCCAACCCCCCCCCCCCCCCCCCCUCCCGCCCUAUCCACAAUAUUCUUUUUUAUUUAUCUUUCUAUCCUAACAGGAACACUGUAAACUGCCAGAAAAACUUGCACGGUUCACUCAGGCAACACAGAGCACAACCGCAUUCAACUCAGCUACCAGUUUAGCUUCAACCACCCAUCAGGGAAAGAAAGCUACUAUAGUAUUAAUACAGGCCUUUUUUUGCAUCGUUUCCACAGUUCUGAACCUCUUUACCCUGCCCUCCCCAUAGCUGUAGGAAAAUAAUUAUGGUAUGGAUGUUUACACAACAAACUUAUGGGGCUUUUGUAGGUCAAGCCAACUUUAUGCUGUAGUAACACACACUUGAUUUCAUAGAACACAUACAGACACCGUUAACAUGAGCAUUCCGAGCGCUACGUGUAGUAUUUGUGACGAAAGGAAGGGAGAAAAAAAACGACAAUACCCCGCCAGAUCUUUAUAAUUUGUUGUUACUGAGGUAUCAAUAAUCACUAAUCACGUAUGACCACAGAUCACGUGUAUCUGAGCCAUGAAAUACUUGUGUAUGAAAACGUACGUGUGAGAAUGGGAAAAGAAUUGAAAGAUGUUUUCCCCCUACCUUUUUGUGUGAUGUAAAUAUGCAAUGCCUUUUUUUUUUUUUUUUCUGUUUAGUGGCAUCUUGACCAGACAUGAACAUUUUCUUUUGUGUGUGACUGUACUUCAAGCUUGCUUGACAGGAACCCAGACCGCGGAAGAUUCCGAACUACGUUAUAUAUAUAAAAAAAAAAUAAUUAUAAAAAAAAAAAAGAUAACAAAAAAAACAUGUCGAGACUGGACGAUCCAUUUGUGGUUGACGUUGCUACGACCUGUCUGUCUGGCGGAGGUUUCCAUGGAGAAGAGCACCCCCCCCCCCACCCCCAGGUCCCGUGGUCUAAUUUCACUGAUGGCAGUCCCAUCAGAGCUUAUGUGAGAAGAUGCAUAUGAGUAUAUAGAGUGGAGUAUACACUGUAAUGUCUCUUUAUUUAUCCUCCCACAAAAAGCGGGACUAUGGUCGAUUUUGGAGUAAUGGUCACCUAUGGUUCCACCCCCCCCCUCCUCCUCUCCUUUUUUGUACCAUA